AUGGCGGGGGAGCUGGGGCAGCAGACGGUGGAGCUGGGGUCCGUGGUGCGGCGGGCGGCGGAGGAGUCGUACCUGGCGCUGCGGGAGCUCGUGGAGAAGUCGCAGGUCGAGUCCGACUGGAAGGGCGCCUAUGGCGGGCGGCAGCGGUCGGACUCCGAGAAGAAGAUUGACCUCCUCAAAUUCAUCGCCCGCACCCGCCAGCGCAUGCUCCGCCUCCAUGUGCUCGCCAAGUGGUGUCAGCAGGUUCCGUUGGUUCAGUACUGUCAGCAACUUGGAUCGACCCUUUCUAGCCAUGAAACAUGCUUCACCCAAACAGCUGACUCACUGUUCUUCAUGCAUGAGGGGUUGCAGCAAGCACGAGCUCCUACAUUUGAUGUUCCUUCUGCUUUAGAGGUUAUGCUUACAGGCAGUUAUCAGAGGUUACCAAGAUGUAUAGAAGAUAUAGGGAGCCAAAAUAAACUUUCUCCAGAUGAAGAAAAACAUGCUUUGCAGAAGUUGGACACCAGUGUGCGCUACAAAGUACUUGUGACUCCAAGACCCAAAGAAGCAUCUAGCAUUUCAGUAACUGAUGGGAUAGCUGUUUUUCGUGUGGAUGGAGAAUUUAAAGUUCUUCUUACGUUAGGUUACCGUGGUAACUUAGAUUUAUGGAGGAUACUGCACAUGGAGUUGCUUGUUGGUGAGAAGAAUGGCCCUAUUAAGCUGGGAGAAAUUAGGAGAUUUGCUCUUGGUGAUGAUAUAGAAAGAAGAAUGGCAGUUUCUGAGAAUCCCUUUUCUGUGCUGUAUGCUAUACUUCACGAGUUAAGCAUUUCACUUGCUAUGGACACUAUCAUUAGGCAGGCUAAUGUUCUUCGACACGGAAGGUGGAAGGAAGCAAUAAGUUCUGAACGUAUCCCAGACAGCACCACAGGUCAAACUGGAAAUGCUGCUGUAAUGCAGCUUGGUCAAGAUGGGGAAUUUGAUUCAAGUGGUUUUAGGUUACCUGUGUUGAAAUUGAAUUACUGGUUGGAUGGAAAAAACAGUGGCCCAGCAGAAUCUGAUUUAUCCCCAUUUAUCAAAAUUGAGGCAGGGCAAGACAUGCAGAUAAAAUGCCAGCAUAGCUCAUUUAUACUUGAUCCUUUGACAGAUAAAGAAGCUAAUCUUUCUCUUGAUCUGUCCUGCAUUGAUGUUGAGAAACUCAUUUUAAAAGCAAUUGCUUGCAAUAGGCACACGCGUCUUCUUGACAUUCAGAGACAAUUGUGCAAAAAUGUGCAAAUUUGUCAGUCACCCAAAGAUGUUAUCCUGAAGCGGGACAUUGGCGUAGCAAAGGCACCACAUAAGAAGACAGAGAAAGCGAGCUUUGCAGAUUUUUGUGGAAAUGAAGUGCUUCAAGUGCGAGCAUAUGGUCAAGCAUAUAUUGGUCUUGGAGUAAAUAUCAGGAGUGGUCGUUUCAUCCUACAAUCACCAAAGAAUAUCUUACCUCCUUCCGCUCUGCUGGAUUGGGAAGAAGCUCUAAACAAAGGCAGUAACACAGCGACUGAGGUUUUCUCAAGCUUAAGGACUAGGAGCAUCCUCCAUCUGCUUGUAUCUACUGGAAGUUUUUUUGGCCUCAAGGUUUAUGAGCAGUCUCAGGGUACUCUAAAGAUUCCAGAGGCUAUAUUACAUGGUUCAGAUCUGAUGGUUAUGGGAUUUCCGCAAUGCGCCAAUGCCUAUUAUCUGUUGAUGCAACUUGAUAAGGAUUUCAGGCCUGUUUUUCAUUUGCUUGAAACACAGUCUGACGCAAGCAAUAAGUUUAAUGCAAAUAUAGAUGCCAAAGAAGCCAUGAGGGUAAACAAGAUUGAUGUUGGGCAGAUGGAAAAAAUAAAAUAUGAGAAGAAUUCAAAUCCUUUUGAUGCCAAACUGCAUUCCCUACAAAGUAUAGAGAACUGUGAUGACAUGAUGGACAAUCAACUUCUCAUUCAGAAUAGUGUUGAUCCUCUUUCGCUGCUGCCUGCUUGUUCACCAUCGUUUUCAUCUAUUGUUGAUGAGACCUUCGAAUGUGAACAUGGUUCUAGUUUGCCUUCUGCUUCUCCUGUGCGCUCUCUUUCACUUGGUCCUCAAGGCGGAAGCACCAGAACUAUUUCACACAUGCAGGAUGGGGCCUUGUCUCAUGCCCAAGCUAAUAAUACCUCAAUAGUUCGUCCUGGUGUCGGUGUGAACAGCUAUUUCCCAACUAGUUUGAGCCAUUUACAGAGUACAAACGCCUUUUCGUCCUCUAACCCUGUAAGAAAUUCAUCUGCUAUCAAGUUGUCAAACUCUAAAUCUAAUCAUGACCUGAGUUCAUUGAGCUCUCCAAGUGAGCAUGGUAUUGCAGAUGGAAAUAAACCAUUUCAACUUGCCCCUUCAAGCACGUUGCCUGCUCAUUUGGUUCGAUCUUCACCUGCCAUUGAAGGAUUAGGGAAGGCCAUCACCGUAGGCGCUGAUUGUGCACCUAGAAAGCGCUCUCUUUCAGAUUUCCUGCUAGAUCUCCCUUCACUGCAAGGACUGAAAUCCAGUGAGCCAAGUAAGCGAAGAAAAAUAUCAGAAUCGGUGCAGAGUUCCCUUCCUUUGCAGGCAUACUCUUCUAGUUCACAAUCAGGAACCAGCCUCACCCAUGGAAAUAAUAUUCUUGCCGAAAGAAAUAAUUGUGUUCCAGCAACUGUGUAUGCUUCAGUGCUACUACAUGUAAUACGGCACUGUUCGCUAUGCAUCAAGCAUGCUCAACUAACUGCCCAGAUGUAUUCUAGCGCCAUUCCAUAUGUCGAAGAAGUGGGCAUGCGAUCACCAUCCUCGAAUAUUUGGUUCAGGUUACCGUUUGCUCAAGAUGAUUCUUGGAAACACAUAUGCUUACGCCUUGGGAAGGCUGGAAGCAUGUCAUGGGAUGUUAGGAUAAAUGAUCCACAUUUCAAGGAACUUUGGGAGCUCAAUGGAGGAAGCACCUCAACACCGUGGGGUGUUGGUGUACGCAUAGCUAACACAUCUGAGAUGGAUUCACAUAUCUCUUUUGACGCGGAUGGUGUUGUUUUAACUUAUAGCAGUGUUGAGGCAGAUAGUGUUAAGAGGCUUGUGUCAGAUUUACAACGGCUUGCCAAUGCACGUGUAUUUGCUCGUGGAAUGAGGAGAUUGAUCGGUGUAAAACUUGAUGAUAAGCUAGAUGAUAACCAUAUAUCUGUGGGGAUGAAAUCACAGUCUGUUAAUAAAGGCAAUAGUGAUGCUGACAGGCUAUCUGAACAGAUGGGAAAGCCAUUCAGGAUUGAAGCUGUUGGCCUAAUGAGCUUUUGGUUCAGCUAUGGCCAUAUGCCAAUGGUUCACUUUGUUGUCGAAUGGGAAACUGCUAAGGAAGGUUGCACAAUGCAUGUUUCUCCUGACCAGCUUUGGCCACACACAAAGUUUUUGGAGGAUUUCGUGAAUGGUGGUGAGGUUGCAUCCUUCUUGGAUUGUAUUCGGCUAACAGCAGGACCUUUACUUGCUCUUGGGGGUGCAAUUCGUCCUGCACGGAUGCCUGUAACAGUUUCGACUGGGUACAGCUCAAUGCCAAAGCAAACUAAUAAUGUCACCUCCCAGGGGCCAGUAGCAAAUGGUUCAUCUGCAACAACUAUGCAUCAUGCAUCUGCCCCAUCAAAUGCUACGGCACAUUUGGGUGGUCAUACUCUUCAUACUGCUGCCAUGCUCUCCGCUGCUGGACGGGGUGGACCUGGACUCGUUCCUAGUUCAUUGCUGCCUUUUGAUGUUUCCGUCGUGCUUCGGGGCCCAUACUGGAUACGCAUUAUAUAUCGCAAGAAGUUUUCUGUUGACAUGCGUUGCUUCGCCGGGGAUCAGGUUUGGCUACAGCCCGCAACCCCUCCUAAGGGUGGGCCUUCAGUUGGCGGGUCAUUACCAUGUCCACAAUUUAGACCUUUCAUAAUGGAGCAUGUUGCUCAAGGUCUAAAUGCUCUUGAACCUGCUUUCAUGAAUGCUACACAGCCUGGUCCACACUUAAAUACUAGUGCUGGAGCUCCACAAUCUGUUCCUGUCGCAAACCGUUUAAAUGCCACCCCUGGUGUUGCUAUGUCCAGGCCAACUUCUAGUGUCGCCAACCAUGUAGCAGCUAGUUUGAGUCGAGCAGGAAAUGCCAUGUUGUCUUCUUCAGGUCUUGCUUCAGGGAUUGGUGGAGCCUCUGUGCGACUAACACCUGGAACUGGCCUUCCUGUUCAUAUGAAAGGAGAACUAAACACAGCCUUCAUUGGGCUUGGGGAUGAUGGUGGCUACGGUGGUGGUUGGGUUCCGUUGGCAGCUCUCAAGAAGGUGUUAAGAGGGAUUCUUAAGUACCUUGGAGUUCUAUGGUUGUUUGCACAGUUGCCUGAACUUCUGAAAGAGAUAUUGGGGUCAAUUUUGAAGGACAACGAAGGGGCUCUUUUGAAUUUGGAUCAAGAGCAGCCUGCACUGCGGUUCUAUGUGGGAGGUUAUGUAUUUGCAGUUAGCGUCCAUCGGGUUCAACUGCUUCUACAAGUUCUGAGUGUUAAGCGGUUUCACCACCAGCAACAGCAACAGCAAGCUCAGAGCAAUGCUCAGGAGGAGCUGACAUCUGCCGAGAUCAACGAGAUAUGUGAUUAUUUCAGCAGGCGUGUUGCCUCUGAACCAUAUGAUGCUUCAAGAGUUGCUUCUUUUAUCACUUUGCUUACAUUACCUAUAUCGGUGCUGAGAGAAUUUUUGAAGCUGAUUACUUGGAAGAAAGGGUUUUCCCAGGCUCAUGGCGACAUUGCAACUGCUCAGAGGGCUCGCAUUGAGCUUUGUUUGGAAAAUCACUCAGGAUCAGCUUCAGAUGAUAGAACAGAAAGCUCUUUAGCUAAGAGCAAUAUUCAUCAUGACAGAGCCCACAGUUCAGUAGAGUUUGCUCUCACGUUUGUACUUGACCAUGCGCUCAUUCCUCACAUGAACGUAGCUGGUGGAGCUGCCUGGCUUCCGUAUUGUGUGUCCGUGAGACUGAGGUAUUCUUUUGGAGACAACAGCCAUAUAUCGUUCCUUGCAAUAAAUGGGAGCCAUGGUGGGAGAGCUUGCUGGCUGCAGUCUGAAGAUUGGGAGAGAUGUAAGCAGAAGGUGGCGAGGGCAGUGGAGACUGUGAAUGGGACCCCUGCUGUUGCAGAACCCGGCCAAGGAAGGCUGCGAAUGGUUGCUGAGAUGAUACAAAAGCAACUCCAACUUUGUCUACAGCAGCUGAGAGACGGACCACUUUCGGCUGGCUCAACUGCUUCAUGA